AUGAAGAAGUUCCUGUGCGCCUUAGUUUUGGCGACAGUUCUGCUGCAGACGUCAGAAUCAUCGUUUCGCGGAGGUCCUGGCAGUCGGGGAAAUGGUAAACCAACACCGUUUCCCCUCGAAUCAUCUAACCGCAAUGAGUUCAGAGGAAAUGUCCUGCCGCAGAGGCUUUCGUACAAGAUUGUCAUCAAAGGGUUGGGCCCAACACAGCUCGACCUACAACUGAACCCAAAAAUGGAUAUAAAUAAAGUUGGAAUCUACACAGACCUUAACGGACAUGGCUCUUUUUCGUGUAAACUCGUGAGCAAGAGUGGCGGACGGUACGAGUGUGAAUUGAUGAACGUGUUCUACUCAUCCUUAAAGGAGGCUUCCGGGGGAGAGCUCGACAUCUACGUCUAUCCAGCAGCUGUUGUCUAUCCAUUGGCCGGAUCCAAUUUUGCCUGGUCUUCUGGUUACACAGUUGGUGGCACAUCGCUUCAGACAGGUACAGCCUUCGAUACCGAUCUUAGGACCUUUCUGGUAUCCGCCUUUCCAGGCGUGCAACACGAGCACGCCAUGGCUCUCACAGGGACUACUUCUUUCAAGUACUCCAUCAACGAGUUUACUGACUUCAACGUCGCCUGGGUGGCUUCACAUGAACUGGGUCAUGCGCUAGGAGCGGAUCACGACAAUUCGGAUUUAUGCCCACCGGGAAGGAACGUCAUGUCCUCAUACCUGUUCACGCCGACCGCCAGUACCGCUGACACCUACACCAAGUUUUCCACAUGCAGUGCUUUCGCAAUAACCAGUCAACAUAAUGCAUUGACUGACUGCACGGCAAAUAACGGGUUCACAGACACACAGUUUAGAAACUUCUUUUGUAGCGGACUUCUUGGUCAACGAGACAGCACGCUUGAUCUUCAAUGUAAAAAAGCCACUGGCUUCUCUCGAAGUACAGCUUGUGGGACGGUCGUUGGCGACGUUGGUUGCUUCUCAUCAAAUCAAGUCACGUGCAGGAAUUCCGUUGGAAACUGCAUCAUCCCUCUGCGAUUUGUGUGGAAUGGCACGCCCUGUGGAUCUGGCACGAUCUGCUUUAAAGGAAGAUGCGUUCCUAACUUUGAUAUCUGCACCCCUGACACAACUACUGCUGCACCUACAACUGCUGCUCCAACAACUGCGGCGCCUACAACUACUGCACCAACAACUGCUGCUGCUACAACUGAGGCGCCUACAACUGCUGCACCCACAACUGAUGCGCCUACAACUACUGCGCCAACUACUGUUGCACCCACAACUGAGGCACCAACAACUGCUGCUCCUACAACUGAGGCGCCUACAACUGCUACACCCACAACUGAGGCGCCUACAACUGCUGCACCAACAACUGUGGCGCCUACAACUGCUGCACCCACAACUGAGGCGCCUACAACUGCUGCUCCUACAACUGAGGCGCCUACAACUGCUGCACCAACAACUGUGGCGCCUACAACUGCUGCACCCACAACUGAGGCGCCUACAACUGCUGCACCAACAACUGUGGCGCCUACAACUGCUGCACCAACAACAGAGGCGCCUACAACUGCUGCACCAACAACUGCUGCUCCUACAACUGAGGCGCCUAUAACUGCUGCACCAACAACUGUGGCGCCUACAACUGCUGCACCAACAACAGAGGCGCCUACAACUGCUGCUCCUACAACUGAGGCGCCUACAACUGCUGCACCCACAACUGAUGCGCCUACAACUGCGGCACCCACAACUGCUGCGUCAACUUCUGCUGCACCUACAACUGCUGCUCCAACAACUGCUGCACCCACAACUGAGGUGCCUUCAUCUGCUUUUCUAACAACCGCUGCUCCAACAACCGCCGCACCAAAAACCGCUGCUCCAACAACCGCUGCUCCUACAAUUGCUGCUCCAACAACUGCUGCACCUACAACCGCUGCUCCUACAACCGCUGCUCCUACAACUGCUGCACCUACCACAACGGCAAGAUCGCCUUGUACCUGUUGUUUUCGCCGUGGAAUAAGAAGGCGCAUUUGUUGCCUGAGGGGGUUAUUACGGUUUGGUCAGCCCUGCAGGUGUUGUCCACAGCGUGCACCGGGACAAAGCAAUGAAAGCCUCACCGCCUCAAUGGAAUCUAUGAAUUGGGACAAUUAG